AUGCCUACCUUGAAACCCACCAAAUACGCCGAAGAACAUGUUCGACCUGCAGUACAAGGUCAAUCUGGUGAAGGAUUAGCUUCUUGUCUAUCAAUCGAAGAUGAUCAUUGCAAACAUCUUUACCAAAGUGCAAUCGUACCUCUUACAACUGAAAAUCAAAUCAAAAGAAAACUUUAUCACGAGGAACCUUGGGGUGGUAUUGCAGCUAUACAUUUUCGCGUGUUAGCUGCAAAGUUCAGUGGAUCUAAACCCGAUUACUUUGCUAUGUUUGAUGCACAGAGGACUUUAGUCAGUUCUUAUAAUCAAUGGUUUAGGGAUGAUAAUACUGCAUGGAGUCUGCCCGUCUUGUACGUGAUCAGUCGUGAUCUUCGUCAUUUUGCUAUCGAAGCAGAUCGAGAAUUAGUUGCACGAGGGGAAAAGCCAAUCAAACAGGAAGAGGCUGCGAGAAUGAUUCAAACGAGCUUUGGGAUUUGUUGUAGUGAUAGAAGCGCAUCAAAAGAAACCAAAAAGGGUGGAGUAGUAUACAUGGCAAGUCUGUUAUUCAAGUUGUACUUUAAGCUGAACUCCACUGCCCUGUGUAAGAAUGUCAUCAGGGGUGUAGAGAAUGCAGAUCUCUCAGCGGGUCUUUAUAUACCCAUGGCGCAUCAGGUCACGUAUAGGUAUUAUAUGGGUGUCUGGAGCUUCUUGCAAGAAGAUUACCAAAAGGCUGAAGAACAUUUGACAUUUGCUUUCAAGCAUUGUCAUCGAGAUCAAUUACGAAAUCGUGAUUUAGUCUUGAAUUACCUCAUUCCAAUAAGAUUAUUGAAAGGUAAACGACCUGUUAAUGCUUUAUUGGAACGAUCUUCUCGUCUUCAUUUGUUAUAUUCGACAUUCAUUACUGCGGUGAAGACUGGAAAUAUUGAGUUAUUUGAUCAGCAUAUGUCAAGCGUCGAGAAACAACUACUGGCGAGAGGUACUUACCUUGUGGUUGAACGCUGUCGGGACAUAUGUCUAUGUAAUCUGGUGAAACUGAUAUACCGCCUAAAGUCUGAAAAUCAUCAAAUUCAUUUACAAUCAUUUGAGAAGUUGGCUUAUAAUGACGAUCUAGAAGAACAACCUAUGGAUUCUGGAGAUGAUAUCAAUUCCAACAAGAUUGAGGAAGUAGAAUGUAUACUAGCAAAUCUGAUUGCACAGGAUCGUGUAAGAGGUUAUAUACAUCAUCAAUCUAAAAUGUUGGUCUUAUCAAAAAAAGAUCCAUUUCCAGUAAAGGUUCAGUAA